UUCCACAGCUUGUGUUCAGUGGCUCUGCUGAAAACAAAUGCACAUGUGGUCAGGAGAGGGGAGUGCCAGCUGUGAGUCUUUACAACACUGAGGAUAAAGUAGUAGACAAUGGAUGGAUGGAUGUUUACGGUGGUGUCGUAAAACAAUAUGUACUCCAACACUGUGGGGGGGUUUCCGUAGAGAAAAAGGUGACCAGACUUGCACUACUGUUCUCAAAUGCAAUUUUGGUGCAUUAUUACACAGUACUAGUUGAAUUAUGUUGACUUAAUCACCACCUGGGAUCUAUGUGUGCACCUCCAUGAGGACAUGUUGAUUCUGUGAGGACAAUUUUGAGGGAUAUAUUUGGUUUUAAGGCUAAGGGUAGAUUUACGUUAGGAAUUACGCUUUGUUUUGCUUUGCUGUCCAAGUGAAUGGAAGUCAGUGCAGUGUCCUAAGAAGAAUAGCCGCGCAAACUUGUGUGUGCGUGCAUGUGUGCGCGCGCGCGCAUGCGUGUGGGAGGAGCCCGGGCUCCUCUGCUCUGAUAACAGGCUGCAGCCUCGUCUCUUAUCUUCCGUUACCCGCCGUCCGAGUAGCGGCUCCAAACCGGACCUGCUUCAGGAUUUAUCCGAUUCUUACGAAACUUCAGUGGGAGCUGAAACGUCCCUCCCAUGGUGUCCCCGGGAGACUUCCACGGUGUUCACUCGAGUUUUCAGAAACUAUCGGCAGCCGCUUUCCGGUCUUGAAAGCCAUGGAAACGUGGUCUUUGAAUCACGUCCUGGGUUUCUCUCUGUCGGUCUGCCUCCUCCUGCUUGCUCUGCCGCGACCCCUCGGGGCACAGACCCCCAGCAACAGCAGCUCGGAUCCCGCGGGAUUUUAUCAUUCAGCCGCCACAUACGAACACAGCAGCGCGGACAACAGUGCGACCACCAGUUUAUUGUCCAGCGAGAGUUUAUCUCCAUCACAGAGGAACCUCCUGCUCACACACGCUGGUGAAACACGCACUGCUAUUAGAAACUUCGACGGUGAGCGGACACAGACCUUCACAGAAACGAGCAGCAGCUCACUGGCGACCAGCAGUCUGUCUCCUGAGCCACUGACCUCCACCCUUGUCGUUGCCACCACUGAGGCCAGCAGCAGCAGCAGCAGCAGUGGGAGCAGCAGCAGCAUCAGUAGUAGUAGUAUCAGUAGUAGCAGCAGCAGCAGCAGCAUCAGUAGUAGUAGCAGCAGCAGCAGCAGCAUCAGUAGUAGUAGCAGCAGCAGCAGCAGCAGCAGCAGCAUCAGUAGUAGUAGCAUCAGUAGCAGCAGCGGCAGCAGCAUCAGUAGUAGUAGCAGCAGCAGCAGCAGCAUCAGUAGUAGUAGCAGCAGUAGCAGCAGCAGUAGCAUCAGUAGCAGCAGCAGCCAGGACUUUGUUAAUACAGACCAGACACCAGACGUCUCCCGCGUUGUGUCCUGGAAGUCCAGAGGACAGACAGAAGACACCAGCCAACCCCAGGACAACUCAGGCAGCACUCUGUGGCAGAGGGACACCACAGCCUUGGCGUCACAGACGGUCAUUCACACCGACAGCAUCUACACUUCCACUGCCAUUAGUCGCGCAGGGGAGAGGACUCUGCUGUCUGUGACCUCGUCCUCUGGCAACAGCACCUCGUCCGCAUUUACUGAUGACUCCAAAUCUCAUCAGCCUCCCUCUACCGGGGUUAUUCCCGCCAGGUCUACGGAGACUGAGGACUACACCCACCCGUCCCCUAGAAGUGACAGCAGGGACACAACAGACCAACACUUGACCCAGUCUUUUAAGGGGAUGUUUUCCGAGACUGGAACCCCAAGUUUAACUGAGCCCCCUAACGCCACACGGCAUCAGCAAACCUCAGCAUCGGAAGAGUCAUCCGAGUCAACGCCACCUCUCACAGUGAGCGAGCUCAGCACCGACCAAUCUGACAUGUCAGUUUCAUCCCCACCUCCUGUUACCUCACCUUCACGAGCUCCCACCGACACCUCAGGGACUGACCUGGAGUCAGACUCUUACGUCAUGACCUCCACUGAGUCCUCCACUGCAGACCACAGCCCCAGCACUCAGAACCAGGAGGGCACAGAGGGGCACAGCAUGGACUUGGGUCUGACCACAGCACCCCCUACAGUCAGUAUCAAUACUUCUGAAAUGGACGGCUCUCUGACUGGCCCUUCAACAGUGGUUACUGAGACCUUCCGUUCCACCACUCCUGUCCCUGUAACAGAGAGACCACAAGUAACAGAAGUGGAUACUUUCAAAGCCACUGCCUCCUCCUCCUCCUCCUCCUCCUCCUCCACCACCACCACCACCACCACUCCUCUGUCUGCAACCUCAUCCUCUAGUUUCAGCAGCACCGCUAGCGGCUCAGCUCCAGAAUUACACACCGAGGCCACUACGUCCUCCACGACAGCCUCCACCCCGGCCCUGCAGACUUCUGCAGUACACCCAACUCAGCCUGUGUCACCAAUUCCAACAGUGGGGCCCUCAACUGGAAAAGCUGACUCCACUUACCCUACCACCCUGCAGGUAGAAACAGGCACAGUGGGUGCCACCACCUCUCAUAGCCAGCAGAUCAUCACCACCUCCACCCGCAGCACCCCAACCAGGAGUACAGAGGCUCAGAGGCGUACCACUGGGAAACAGACAACCACAGAACUGUUGGCGACAACGUCACCCACUGUCACCCCACCCACGAAGACACCGCCACCUGCAAGAAACUUGUGUGUGUCAAACCCCUGUAUGAACGGAGGGAUGUGUGUGAGCUAUAAAAGGCACCAGUACACAUGUCACUGUCAGCAGGCAUGGACAGGACCAACCUGCAACCAAGAUGUGAAUGAAUGUCAGAGGAAUCCCUGCCCACUCGGGUCCAGGUGUGUGAACACACGAGGCUCCUUCAGCUGUGAAUGUCCACUCGGCUUUGACCUCGAGGAUGGACGCCUCUGCACCAGAGCAAAGACAUUUCUGGGAACGUUCAGUGUGAACAGACAACCACAGGACCCCGUUAUCUUCAAGAGUGUCACCAUGCAUGAGAUCCAGAGAGAGAUUAUUCAGCUGCUCAACGCUUCAUUGUCUGUCCUUCGAGGUUACAGCCGCUCAACCCUGAAUAAGAAAGAGGAGGACGGCGUCCGAAUCUCAGCCGUCAGCAUGUUUUCCAUCUCCACUGACGUGACGAGCACCGAGGUCUUCAACAGCAUCCAGAUGUCGCUCAGCAACUGCAGUUCCUCGACGACCCACUGUCGCGUGGUCCUGCACCACCAGCUCACUUAUCACGUGGAGAGUCUGUGUGUGGCUCAGAAGGCUCAGUGCGAUGCCGAGCGUUCCACCUGCACAGACAGCGGCGGAACAGCCUACUGCCAGUGUUUUCAGGGAUACUACAAGCACAAUCCCGAUGACUUGUCCUGCCUAGAAUGUGGAGAUGGCUCCAAGCUGGUUAAUGGCACCUGUGUCCCAUGCAUGUUUGGAUUUGGAGGAUUCAACUGUGGAAAUUUUUACAAGCUGAUUGCAGUUGUAGUGUCACCUGCAGGGGGCGCUCUGCUCCUCAUCCUUAUUAUCGCUCUCAUUGUCACCUGCUGCAAAAAAGACAAGAAUGACAUCAACAAGAUCAUCUUCAAGAGUGGAGACCUGCAGAUGUCACCGUAUGCAGACUUCCCCAAAAAUAACCGCAUAUCCACGGAGUGGGGCAGAGAGACCAUAGAGAUGCAAGAGAACGGCAGCACCAAGAACCUGCUGCAGAUGACCGACAUUUACUACUCUCCUGCGCUGCGUAACUCAGACCUGGAGAGAAACGGCCUGUAUCCGUUCCCGGGUCUGCCGGGCUCUCGCCACUCAUGCAUCUACCCUGCCCAGUGGAACCCCUCCUUCGUCAGUGACGAUUCACGAAGACGAGACUACUUUUAACUGCUCCACCUUGAAAAUACACUCUCACUCACACUCACACUCACACUCACACAUUUUUCAUCUCCCAUACUAACAGGUAUGACAGUUCAUGAUGGUUUUCCCAAUGCUCCUUUGGCCUCAUAUGAAUCUUAAUAUUUUGAAAACCAUUUUGACUGUGACCAUUCAGGGUUGUGCAUUACUUGUGAAAAUGAAUGUGUGUUCCUGUGUGUGCAUAGUAUGGAAGUACACAUUUCUGUGUACUUAUGUGACUGUGUGAACAUUUUUUUGCAUGUUUUACCUCACUUACAUCAACUUGCCUGUACUUGACACUGCUGCUGUUUUCUUGCCCAGUAAAUAGUGAACUAGUGGCUGUUUCUUUGUAAUUAUCCCAUUGACCAAAUUCAUUGAUACAUUCUUGAUUCUCAUUUUGUUAUUCACAUCAAAAAAGCUAUUUGUAAACACAACACAUGGCUUCUCACUUCUGCCCAAAAUGGUAUUUCAGUGUUAUGUGUUAACUCCAGUGUUGUGCCACUAAUGUGUAAAUCUGGGCAUGGGUGUUUUGCUGAAAUCUUAAAAAAACUCUGUUGUUUAGGAAACUGCAGUAAAUUGGAACUGCAGGUAAAUACUGUGCUCAUGUGGUAUGUGAUAAAAAAAGACCUUUUUGAUUUGAUACGAAACAGCAGCAUUGUAAACUACAUGUAAUCUGUACCAAAAUGAUCAGAACAUGCAAAAGAAAUGUAUCAUGUUUGAUGCUGAAAAUAUGAAUAUGUGCAUCCCACUGCUGUGAUUAGAAAACAGGUUUCCUCAUAUUGAUGAAACGUGGCAAGAACAAACCACUACUUUUACAUUCACGCAAGCAUAAAGUGUAUUCUGGUGCCAACAUUUAUUUAUUCCCUGUAUGUCUAAAUCCUUGACAGGAAGCAUAGUUAACUAAUCAUUCAUACACACUGACAGACUUAGGAGGAAGAAACCUGUGGCUUUAAAUGUGUGUGUGUGUGUGUGCAACUGUGUAUAUGGCAUAAGUGAUGGUGUGUGUGAGGAAUCCUAUGUAGAAUGGUCAUAACUGUCAAUGAGUGUAUGUGUAUGAAUGUAAAGAUGUAACAUAAUUAGAUAUUUCUGACACGGAGUAUAGUUUUUAUGUGAGCUAUGUUUGUCCUUUGUGUUAAUAAGGUUGGUUGAUUCUGGCGUUUUAGUCAGAUGUGCUUAUUUAAAUAAUAAUAAUAAAACCAAAAAUAUUGCAAAGCA